AAAACAGAAGGAGUUAACUUCCGCAAGAAGGAUCACUCGGUAUCACAUGAUUUCAUUAUCAAAAUGUCUGACAAGGAUAAACUCAAUGUUUUCCCAUCUCGAAUGUGAGUAAUCUUUAAUUCGUUAUUUAUCCAAAGAUUUUAAUGAUGCUGUUUAAAUAAUUGUUAAAUUAAUUAUUGUAUAAAUGCUUUAAAUGUAAGUUUAAAAAUACGUUCACACAAGUUUUUCUUGCAGUUACGUACCUAACCGCUGUUAAUAACCGUUUAUCUCAUUGCCAAAAAUUAUCUUCUUAUUCUUCUUGCAGAAGCAACAAAAUUAAUGCUGAUAAUAGCCCCAAUAAUAGUUAUAUUGGUUAUUGAGUAACAAUUGUCUUAGUGUCUACUGCACUAAUUCUACUACUAGUUUCACUUAUUUGACUAAAACAGUACCGCCUAGUCUAACUCUAAGUCACUAAGUCAAAAAAAAGUAAGUGAAGGAAGUGAACUAUUCUUAGGCCCCAUGCCAUUGAUUCUUCAUUGAAUUUAAAUUGUCUUUAUUUUUUUUAAUUAAUAAAAUUACAAAUUUACACUUCGGUGUUGAUACCCUGACAAUACUGAUUUAUGAACUCUGAAGUGAAACUGUAACUUUUAUUUAUGUAAAUGUAACAAUUGUCAACUGACUACUGGUUUGUAUGAUUAUGAUUAUGAUAGUCACAGUGCUUCUCCCCUGGCUUUACAGUCUACUGUUGUCUACACUACUGCAACUACGAAAGCUUAAGUAUAUUUUGUCUCCAACUGAAGGCAGUGUGGUGUGCUACUGUAGCAAAAGUACUGGCACUGGUCUACUUUUAAUCUGUUGAUUGACAUGUACCAAAUCUUAUUUUUAUUAUUUACCCUAAAGUUGUUUUUCUGGUGGUGUCAGGUGGAAUUCUUUAUUUUAAUUAAUACAAAAUUAUGUUGAAGAAUGAUUCAUUUUUUUCUUUGCUUUCAUUUAGGGCUAUGGCCAUUAUAAAGGCUAGGCUAAAGGGAGCUCAAAAAGGUCACAGUUUAUUAAAAAAGAAAGCUGAUGCUUUAACCUUGAGGUUUAGAUCUAUUCUUAAGAAAAUUAUUGAGGUAAGUCUUUUAUGCACAAACCUCAUCAUGAUAUUAUGAUCAUGUAUGUUUUUUAAAAUAAAUUAUAAACAUCCUUUUUUUUAAUACCAGCCACUUAACUUGCAUGUGGUAUAAAGUUAAGGUUUUGAUUUAGCCAAUAAAUGCUGAUUUUAAGUGCAUCUACUCACAAGAGAAAUGGCUGUUGAUUGAUUAUCAAUAAAAAUGUGAUAGUUUAAAAAAAAAAUUGUUUUAAUAAAAACUGAUAAUUUUUAUCAUUUUCUCCAUCUAGACAAAGACUGAAGUGGGUGAGGUGAUGAAAGCUGCCCAGUUUUCAUUGGCUGAGGCAAAGUUUACUUGUGGAGACAUAAGUCAUGUCAUUCUACAGAACGUUACCAAAGCUGCUGUCAAAGUCAAAAGUAAAAAGGAGAAUGUGGUUGGUGAGUGUAAAGAUUUUUUAUCAUCUUUCCAUACAAUAAAAUUAAAAUUUAGACAUAUCGUAACUUUUGAUUCGGUAACAAAAUAUAUUUUAUUUCAUGUGACUGUUAAGCAAAGUCCAUUACAUUGUUAUAAUUACCAUAGUUAAUGUGAAGCUUCUGGCAUUUAUAUACGUAACUUUCUUCAUUAUUAAUUUUAAAUAUAUAUUAACUCUCAAAAGACGGGAGAUUGAAAAAUCGGUCAUAUAUGGCGGGUGAAAAAAAGGACCCCUAAUAUAUAUAUAAAAAUAAUAUUAAAAGGCGAAAAUAAAGAUUUACUAUUUUGGAAUGUUAAAUUUCUAUUUGGCAAGAAAGAAAAAUCGUUUAUUUUACUGGUUCUUGAAGAAAUCUGGUAGCAACUUGUCCAUUCAUAAAUUUUCCUUUUCGCCAUUUACUCAUAUUUUGCCACAAUUCCGGUUCACUGUUACUACACUCUAAAACAUUGCUAUGGAAUCUGAUUCUGAUUAUAAGCUUGAAAUGGACAACUAUUCUUACUUAGAGGAAUAUUUUUGAUGAAGAUAGCACUUCAGAUGUGUCUGAUACCGAGAAUUGUGUAAAUUAUCAUCAUAAUAAUAGCAUCCAAGGUUUGUUUACUUUUUUCAUUCAUACUCAACUCACGCAUACUGUGAUACUUCUUAGCACUAUUAUUAGCCCUAACAUUAGUUUUAUUCAAGUUCCAGUAGUAUAAAAUUCUUAAAUAGAUUAAAUUAUUUAUUUGUUUGAAACUAAUUUGUAGUUAUACAAUUAUUUUAAUAUUAUUACGUUUCAGUUAGCAAAAUGUAAACAAUGGUUCUCAAGGCCAAGGCUAUUAUUACAAUUACACUGUAACAAUCAGCUGUGUUCCCUUUUCAAUGAAAACUUGAAGUAAUAGUAAUUUAGGCAGAUUGUUUAUUAUUUUGAAUUCUUUUUAUUUAUAUUGUAAUUUUUUUUUUUAGCUAAUUUUUUUUUAUAUAUUUUGACAGCAUCUAUGAAGGGCAGAUGUCAAACAUAGUCAAUACAAUGGGUUAUGAUGACAAAAGACUGUGGGACUCUUUGCUGCAUUUAGACCAGAGGUGAAAAGCACUAUUGCUUCCUGAUGUUAUAACAAGAGAGGAUAUAAGGAGAUUUUAAAAGCAAAUUGACAUUUUCAACCUCUACUUUACUACAGAUUUGGUUGGUUAUUAGUAAGCCUUGUGCGCAGGACAAUGGACCGCAGAACUUUUGUGUUUUCAAAAAUUGGUACCAUUAUAACAUCAUUGAAGGGGAGUUUUAUCUACUAAGUGGAUUUAUUAUGAAUGCAGGACUUAUCAAGCUCUUAAUUUUACAAGAAAUGUCCAGGAAAUCCUUUUAUGAUGGACAAUGAGCAAGGCCAUUAGUACUAAGGACAUAUUCAAGGCUAUAUUGAGUUUCCUAAAAGUUUCUGAUACUGAAAAUAAAGGAAACAUGCUGUGUACAAUUGGGAGACACUUCUGUAUCUCAAUGCAAAAUACAAUCAACUGUAUCAGCAUCAAGAAAAUGUAGCAAUUAAUGAACAAUUUAGGGAACAAUUGACAUAUUUGAUGAUAAACCUGAUACUGUAAAGCCCGAAAUCUUUACAUCGUGCGCCGCAACAUGACAAUAACAAAAAAUGUAAUUGUGGGUUACCAAAACAGGGUAAAAUGGUCAGAGCAUAUGUCACAGGCUUUGUUUUUGAUACAUUUUUAUGUUUUAAUAAAUAAAGAAAUUGUUUUCAAGAAUUUUUAUGCAUGGUCUUGGCGAAGGAUUAUAUCCUUUGAUCGGUAUCUCGGGGAUGCAUAAAAAAUGUUUAUUUAUUAAAAUGUGCCUUUUUUCUUAACUUUUCUUCUCAAAUAAUACUUACUAAUAACCCUCUAAAGGAUAAUAUGAUGCAGUAUAUGUUUUCCUUUGAAAAAAAAAAUUAUUAUUAUUUUUUGAAAAUAAUUUUGACUUUUUGAGCAAUAUUUCCUUGAAUGAUCUGUUGCCUACAAAUAGUCAUAACUUUUUUAUUUAUGAGUCUAUUCUUUUGAAAUUUGAAUAUGUUUUAUAGUAUUGAACACAUUCUAAUAAAUUAUCAAUUUUAUUGAUUUAAUUGGAAACACUUUUUUUUUUCCUUCUUUGUAAAACUGUGAUGUUAUGUUUUUGUCGACUUAAAAAAAUUUUUUUUUUGCCUAAAAAUAAUAAAACAUCAAAUUUAGCAAGGAUAUUUUGAACAAACACCAAGUAUCAAUUAAAGAGCAUCCAAUUACCUUUAAAAUGAUAUAUAAUACUUGGAGGUAGCUACAAAAUUACAGUCAUGAGACACUUUGAAGAAUAAGAUAUAUUCAAGGUCAUUAAAAAAUGGAAAAAUCUACAGUCUUUUGAGAGUUAAUGAUAUAUACAAUUUAAAAAAAAAUAUGUUAACGUCUAGUCUCAUAUACAUAUUUUAAAAUUAUUUUUCAGGUGUGACUCUGCCACUCUUUGAAUCAUAUCAAGAUGGAAGCGACAGUAAGGUCCCUUAAAUUGUUCUUGCAUUUUUCUUGUGAAAUAUGUCUAGAUUGAAACAAUCUUUAGUUGAUUCUUGGUUUGUGCAAUUACAUUGACAUUUCACAUUUUUCAACAGCUUAUGAGUUGACCGGCUUGGCAAGAGGUGGUCAGCAAAUUGACAAAGCGAAAAAGAGCUAUGGUAGAGCAAUUACACUGUUAGUGGAGCUUGCGUCUCUGCAAACGUCUUUCAUUACACUAGAUGAAGUGAUUAAAAUAACCAAUAGGAGAGUCAACGCCAUUGAGCAUGGUAAGUAUUUGUUUUAUAAUGAUGUUGAAUAAUUAGGAUGUUCAUUUGUAUGGUUAUCCCAAUUAAUUGGUGUGAAUGUAUAACUUCAUUUUUGAAACCAAUAAUGUUAUUUUGCGAUAUAUAUAAUAGAGUUUUAUAACAAUUUCUAAUGUUGUCUGCUUUUCUGUUCAAUUUUCUCAUCUCUCAAGAUAAUGUUAAUGAUUGGUAUUUUAUUAUUUGACCAUUUAUUUUUGCCUAGUGAUCAUUCCCAAGAUAGAAAGAACACUUGCCUACAUUACAUCAGAGUUAGAUGAGAGAGACAGAGAAGAAUUCUUUAGGUUUGUCAAGCCAAUCAGUUAUUCGCCCACUUUCUUUAAUUAAUCUUCAAAUAAAAACAUUAAAUUUAGAAAUAUUUUAAUUUAUUCUUAUGGAAGUUAAGAUUAUAAUUAUUUUGAUAUGUCGCAAUAUGUGUACUGGUAAUAUUAAUAAGUAUCUUGUGUGAAAAGUAUGAAGGCUAUUGCUAAUAUUUUUCUGAAAUUAAAAAGCAUACUACUUGUGAUUGAUUGUAAGAUAAAACAUAUGAAGCCAUGGCAUACCUUGAGCUCCCUUAAUCUGUAAAUGCUAACAGAACAAAAUUAAUUAAUUUCAUUUUUCUUUCUUCUUCAGAUUGAAAAAAGUUCAAGAGAAGAAAAAACGUAUCAAAGCUGAGGAAGAGAAACUGAAACAAAAACGCAUUGCCGAAGCUGGUGUAGAACAGGAUGACGCCCCGACCAUAUUUGAUGACUUUAGGGAUCCGGAUAUUUUAUUUGACUAG